AUGCGAGGAAAGAAGAGUGACACACCUCUCCGUGCUGCUUUGGAAAAGGGGGAAGAACCUGCAGCAGAGUUUCUGAUGGAUGCAGAUUGCGGAAUCAACAUCCAAGACAGGAAUGGCAGAACUCCUCUACAUCUUGCUGCAAGGAGUGGCUUUUCGGUUAUAGUGAAGAAGCUGAUUGCUGCCAAAGCGGAUGUGCGUAUCCAGGAUAAAGACGGAGACACGCCCCUCCACGCUGCUCUGUUUUCCCGGAAGGAGGCUACAGCAGAACUCCUGGUCGAUGCAGACGGUGAAAUUGACAUUCAGAAUGACAAUGGGCAGACUCCUCUACAUCUUGCUGCAAGUAAUGGAUUUGCAGGUAUAGUGAAGAAGCUGAUUGCGGCCGACGCAAGUAUGCGUCUCCGAGAUCGAUUCGGACAGACACCACUCCACGCUGCUCUGCUUUCCGGGAAGGAGGCUACAGCAGAACUCCUGGUCGAUGCAGACGGUGAAAUUGACAUUCAGACUGACGAGGGACGGACCCCUCUACAUCUUGCUGCAAGUAAUGGAUUUGCAGGUAUAGUGAAGAAGCUGAUUGCGGCCGACGCAAGUAUGCGUCUCCGAGAUCGAUUCGGACAGACACCACUCCACGCUGCUCUGCUUUCCGGGAAGGAGGCUACAGCAGAACUCCUGGUCGAUGCAGACGGUGAAAUUGACAUUCAGACUGACGAGGGACGGACCCCUCUACAUCUUGCUGCAAGUAAUGGAUUUGCAGGUAUAGUGAAGAAGCUGAUUGCGGCCGACGCAAGUAUGCGUCUCCGAGAUCGAGACGGACAGACACCACUCCACGCUGCUCUGCUUUCCGGGAAGGAGGCUACAGCAGAACUCCUGGUCGAUGCAGACGGUGAAAUUGACAUUCAGACUGACGAGGGACGGACCCCUCUACAUCUUGCUGCAAGUAAUGGAUUUGCAGGUAUAGUGAAGAAGCUGAUUGCGGCUGACGCAAGUAUGCGUCUCCAAGAUCGAGACGGACAGACACCACUCCACGCUGCUCUGCUUUCCGGGAAGGAGGCUACAGCAGAACUCCUGGUCGAUGCAGACGGUGAAAUUGACAUUCAGAAUGACAAUGGGCAGACUCCUCUACAUCUUGCUGCAAGUAAUGGAUUUGCAGGUAUAGUGAAGAAGCUGAUUGCGGCUGACGCAAGUAUGCGUCUCCAAGAUCGAGACGGACAGACACCACUCCACGCUGCUCUGCUUUCCGGGAAGGAGGCUACAGCAGAACUCCUGGUCGAUGCAGACGGUGAAAUUGACAUUCAGACUGACGAGGGACGGACCCCUCUACAUCUUGCUGCAAGUAAUGGAUUUGCAGGUAUAGUGAAGAAGCUGAUUGCGGCCGACGCAAGUAUGCGUCUCCAAGAUCGAGACGGACAGACACCACUCCACGCUGCUCUGCUUUUCGGGAAGGAGGCUACAGCAGAACUCCUGGUCGAUGCAGACAGUGAAAUUGACAUUCAGAAUGACAAGGGGUGGACCCCUUUGCACCUUGCUGCAAGCAGACGAUACGUUGGCAUUUCAAAAAAGCUGUUGUUCAGUGGGGUGAAUCCUCUCGUUAGGGAUAAAAAGGGGGUCUGUCCACUGUAUGCAGCUCUGUGUCAUGUACAAAAAGAACAUGAAAUGGUGAAAGUGAUUGUUGCCAUGUGUGUGUUGAAAGGCAUCGUCAUCGACUGGAAGAAGAAAUUUCCCUGGGAUUGGAAGUUCCUAGUCAAUGUCGAGUCAAAAUGUCGUGCGGAGAUUCAGCGGAUGAAGGACACCCAAAUAGCGGGAUCGAGGGUGUCCUUUUAUGACAUUGCGAGACAGAAAGUCAGCAAGGUCGCACCAUAUCUCCGGAAUGAAGGCAUCCGCAAGGCUUUUCACUGUGAUCGAUUGGCUGAUGAAUUCCCGAUCUACGCCGAUAUGAUUCUAUUCAAAGUGAGGAAGGCCGAAGAGAGGAGAUACCUCGCCCAUCUGUGUUUGGAGUGCUUUUCCGUCUUGACUGAGAGGCAGAAUCCCCUUCCCAGCACGUUCACAGACAUGGUGUUAUUGUGUCUGAGUGAACAAGACAUACGAAAUUUCAUAAGCGCCAUUAAAUUCGAUUGCAGGGAAUUUUGUUAA